AUGUCCUCCCCGACCAAACUCCCCACCCGAACUCUCGGCCGCAAUGGCCCCGAAAUCCCCGCCUUAGGGUUCGGCCUGAUGGGCCUAAGCGCAUUCUACGGCACUCCCACUCCCGACGACGAGCGCUUCAAGCUGCUCGAUCGAGUGUACGAGCUGGGCUGUACCCACUGGGACACGGCGCAGCUGUAUGGCGAUAGCGAGGAGUUACUGGGUCGGUGGUUUAAGGAGACGGGGAAGAGGAAUGAGAUCUUCUUGGCCACGAAGUUCGGCAACAAAGUGUCUGCUGACGGGGGUCGCGAGAUAUGCAAUGACCCCGCGUAUAUCCGCGUGGCUGUGGAGGAGAGCCUGAAGCGGUUGGGGACGGAUUAUAUUGAUUUAUUGUACUGCCAUCGGUUUAGUGGCAAAACGCCCGUUGAGGACAUUGUGGCGACCAUGAAGGAAUUCGUUGACGCCGGAAAAGUGCGUUAUCUCGGUCUCAGCGAAUGCGGCGUCGAUACACUCCGUCGUGCGAGUGCCAUCCAUCCCAUUCAGGCGUACCAGAUUGAAUAUAGUCCAUUCUCCCGGGACAUUGAAAAGCCCGAAACGGGACUUCUGGCGACUUGUCGGGAGCUGGGCAUCGCCACGGUGGCAUAUUCGCCGCUGGGCCGGGGAAUGCUGACGGGCGCUUACAAGUCGAUCGAUGACUUCGACGAAAAUGAUUUCCGGCGGUCGAUUCCGCGAUUCUCGCGCGAGAAUUUCCCGAAGAAUUUGCAACUGGUCGAGACUCUGCAGGAGAUCGCGGCGCGGAAGGAAUGCACUUCCGGUCAGCUCGUGUUGGCCUGGAUGAUGGCGCAGGGGGAGGAUAUCUUUCCGAUUCCGGGGACAAAACGAAUCCAGUAUCUAGAGGAGAAUAUGGGUGCGUAUGCGGUCAGAUUGUCGGAGCCGGAGAUUCAAGAGAUAAGCGAAGCUAUCAAGAGUGCGGAGGUGCAUGGGACGCGGGUGGCUGAGCGCCAGAUGGGUUAUUUGCUUAUGGAUACGCCGCCAUUGUAG